AUGGCUAGGGAGGGGAUUCAACCCACCCCCUAUUCCACUGCCAAGUCCAUUACAGAUAUCAAUAUAACACCCAGGACACAGUCUCCCGUUGAAUUCAAAGAACUCCCUUUGGCGACACUCUGGGGCCAAUUGGAAGCAAAAAAACCAUUUGGAAGCAAAGGAAUCAUUAGCAGUAAGAAGAAGGUGGGAUUCUUCGAUGGUUUCCAUAAAAAGGGAAUUUUUGGCGGAUCAAAGAAAGGACUUAACAAAGGAAUAAUAAAAGAAAAAGAAAUAAUUCCCGGAAAAGGAGGAAUUAUUCCUGAUGCAAAGAUUAUUCCGGAUAAGUCUGGAAUAAUCGGAUGUCCCCCAAGACCAUGUCUACAAACACAAGAGUUCAUCCCACAAGAAUGUCGUAGACCCCAAUUCUUCCUCCACAAUGGCCGCCAAUGUCCCGACUGUGAUAUUGAUAUCUGCACAGGCGGAUCCAUUCUUCCUGAUAACGGAGGGGUCUUGGGAGGUGGGUUAGGACCGAGAGGACCUCUUGGACCAAGAGGAAAUCUUCCUGGGGACCUUGAUUGGCAGAGAGGUUUUGGAAGAAAUUUCCCAGCUAUUCCAGGAGGAAUAAAUGACCCAAUAAAUGGCGGAUUUCUCCCAGAUCCUCGAUUUGGUGGUCAGUUUGGUCCGGAUCAGUUCGAUGGAGGACUGGGGGGUAUUGAUCAGUUCGGACUAGGAAAUGGCAGACAGUUUGGUCCUUUACCAAACACUGGACUAAAUGGACUUAACGAUCGCUUCAAUGCUGGAUUCGGUGAUUUUGAUCCGUCAUGGAACACUGGAAAUGUUGGAGAUUUAGGUGCUUCCUGGAGCGGCGGAUCUAUACCGACCAACAGGCGGUCUAGUUUUAUCUAAUUUUUGCU